UAUUUCCCGUUUUCUAUCCCAUUUUACCCAUUUUGCACCAUUUUUUUCUGCUAACACAACGAGAUACUGCCUCAAUGGAAACACUCCAUUCAUAGGUCUAUGAUCAAAUAUGGUCCCCGUUUAAGCCUUCCUGGGGGCCAACUGACACAUGCCUUCCCUUUUUCACGCCUUCUUCUCUCUCUCUUUCUCUCUCUCUUUCUCUUCCCAACCUACUCUCUAGUACGGUCUCUGCAUUAAACACAAAACUUUGUUGCGCCCCAAAAGUGAAGUAGGAUCAUCCACGCAACAAAAACCUCACCAAAUUCACAACCCUUCUCUUAAUAUAUACCCACCUUAUACUUUUAAAUUUUAUUUUUCUCUUUGAGGAAUCUAAUCUCUAUCUUCUCUUCAAUGCCUAUGUGGUCCAUAUAAAGAUUGGAGCAAGACUGAGAUAAGUUUAAGGGAAGAAGAGAGACAAGAAAACAAUACCAGACAUGGAGUGGAAUGGGAGCACAAGACGUUAUGUUCCUCGACCAGACUCUUCCUUCGGCUUCCUUUACAACUACAACUACACACCAUACCCAGGAAUUGAAGUGAAGCAACAAAGUAUAGCAGAGUCAAGUUCAUCCAUGGAAAAAAUGAACUGCGGGAACCAGGACAAGAAGAAGAGAUUAACGACUGACCAGUUGGACUCCUUGGAGAGUAGUUUUCAGAAGGAGAUAAAGCUAGACCCUGAUAGGAAGAUGAAGCUUUCCAAAGAGUUAGGGCUUCAACCUCGCCAAAUUGCUGUUUGGUUCCAAAAUAGGCGUGCAAGGUGGAAGAACAAGCAACUCGAACACUUGUACGAUUCACUUAAACAGGAAUUUGAUGUCAUAUCCAAGGAGAAACAGAAGCUAGAGGAAGAGGUAAUGAAGUUGAAGGGUAUGCUGAGAGAGCAAGCUUCUAGAACACAAGUGUCAACAGGUUACACAGAAAUCUCUGGAGAAGAAACAGUAGAAAGCACGUCAGAGGCUCUGCGUUGCUCCAAACGGAGAACACUGCAGCAGCAGCAGCAGCAGCAUCAUCAUCAUCAGAAUAUUGGAGAAGGAAACUGUUCUUUCACUUUGGAAGAUUACAACACAGUUCCAGUACUACCCUACUGGCCUGGGGUCCCUUACUAUCCCUAAUGAAUAAUAUUUCAUGUUUCAAAUAAUAAUAUUGCGAGUGAUGAGUUUAGUUAAUUAACUUAAUUUAUUGGUAACGUAAUGUGUGUGUAGUUAAGGUGAUGGAAAACCCUUUUUCCGUAGGAACUGACAUUAGAGAUCAGAUCAAAGCGAUCCAGCAGAGAGACCUGCAUGUUGUUGGUUGGUACGGUAAUUAUGACGUUAAAUUAGCUGUUCCUGCAGACAUCACUUUAUUAGUCCAUUCCAAGAUGCAUGAAAAUCGUUAAUUGUUACGUACUGUUAUUUUAUAUAUAUAUAUGAUCCUUGUUUAUCACUAAAA